GAAAGCGUUGCUCUAGCGCUCAUUAGCGAUGGACGAUACGGUUGUAUCACUGCUGAGAAAGUUGGAGAUAACUAUUGCUUAAUCCUUAAUAAGCUUCCUGCAAAUUUACCCGAUUUCAUCCCAAAUUUCUCCAAUCUUGAGUCUGGCCCGGAUGAGCAAGCAGGGCCAUUGCAUUUCACUACACUUCAAGGGGUGGCGCCUAGCUAUAAUCCCGUAGGCAAGUUUAAAAUGGAACCCUAUAAGCUGAUGGUUUCUAAUCAUUGA